UUUAAAUAUAUAAAGAAAUACCUUCAAAUAAAUUAAUGGUACGAUACACACGUGUUAUAGGACUGUGUCAGGACUGUGAGUCUCUACUCAGACUUAGUAACACCAAAUCUCACCGCUAGGUGUCUCUGUUUAUCCUAUCUGUUUUUAAAGGAGGGAGGCGGUGAGACGCUCAAUUCUCUAGAGUGAAAGAGAAGGAUCUCUCUCUCUCCACCGCCAGAACCUUAAGCGCAUAGACAAAGAGGAAGAGAAAGACAUUUUAAUUCUAACAAUUCACAUUCCUGUACUAUUUGGAUCUAAACAAGCUCAUACCAGACUUGCUUUCAAUCAUUUUGCGGCGAUUUUGCUUGAAAUCCUUAACGCGAUCAUCGCUGUCCCAUUCAUCAACCUGCUCGCGAUAGAUAAGCCCUGCGGAGACGUAUCGAUCCCUUCCUCCGGUUCUGAAGACGAGUCAUGGCGAAAGAGCGGAACAGCUGUGUGCUGCGCGAUCUACGGCAACGACCCGGUAAUGACAUCUGUGCGGACUGCGGUGCUGCAGAGCCAGAUUGGGUGUCUGUGACUCUGGGUGUGUUUGUGUGUCAGGGAUGCUCUCUCAUCCACAGAAGUAUCCUCAGCCUCAACCAGGUGAAGUCUGUACUGCAGGACACGUUUGAUGAUAAAGAAACAGAGUUCAUUGCCUCUAUGGGGAACGAUGCAGCGAAGGCGAAGUACGAACAGCAAGUUCCAGCAUUUUAUUGCCGGCCCUCCCACACAGACUGCAGAAUAUUGAGGGAGCAGUGGAUCAGAGGCAAAUAUGAGAGACAGGAGUUUAUACACAUCGAGAAACAAGAGCCUUAUUCAGCAGGGUACAGAGAGGGGUUUCUAUGGAAACGUGGUCGAGACAACGGGCAGUUCCUCAGUCGCAAGUUCAUUCUGUCUGAGAGAGAGGGAGCACUCAAGUACUUCAACAAGCAGGAUGGGAAAGAACCAAAGGCCACAAUGAGGAUUGAAACUCUAAAUGCUACUUUCCAGCCAGCUAAAAUCGGCAACCCCUUUGGUCUUCAGAUCACAUAUCUCAGAGACAACAGCACCAGAAAUAUCUUUGUGUACCAUGAAGACAGUAAGGAAAUGGUGGACUGGUUCACUGCAAUCCGGGCAGCACGGUUUCAUUACCAAAAGGUGGCAUUUCCUGGAGCUAAUGAUGAGGACCUGGUACCAAGACUUACACGAAACUUCAUGAAGGAAGGUUACAUGGAGAAAACCGGUCCAAGGCAUACAGAAGGCUUUAAGAAAAGAUGGUUUACUAUGGACGAUAGGAGGCUAAUGUAUUUUAAAGAUCCCUUGGAUGCAUAUGCACGUGGAGAAGUUUUCAUUGGCAGCAAGGAGAACAGCUACACAGUCGUACCCGGUCUACCGCCCUCCAUCCAAGGCUACCAUUGGAAGUAUGGCAUCACCAUUGAAACACCUGACAGGAAAUUUCUGUUUGCAUGUGAAACAGAGGCAGAGCAAAAGGACUGGAUCGCUGCCUUCCAGAGAGUCGUCAACCGACCCAUGAUGCCACAGGAAUACGCAGUUGAGGCUCAUUUUAAACACAAGCCUUGAUGCCGGCUGUAGACUCGCCUACAUGGACAAUAAGAUACAAUUCUGUCCAAUGAAUCUGCUGGACACAUGGAAUAUGGGGUUUGGGGUGAGAUCCGGACAAAGCAAGUCUCAACACGAACAAAGGAAUGGCUCCCUUCCUACCUUUAUUUAUUACUAAUUCACUGAACUGUUGAAAGCAUCUUUGUGUCAACAGAGCGAUGACACCGAGGAUCAGUUAUCAUGAAUGUCCCUUAGUAUGUGUGAAAACCAAAGCAGACAUACAGUCCUGGGUGCUGUUAGCCAAGCUACUGUAUAAAUAUGGCAUGUGAAUGUUGUUCAUCCCUCUUUCACGUAACAUUUAAUCUCAAACUCAAAACGCAGGUACUGUUUUGCAAAACUCCACAGAGCUGUUGCAUUUUUUUCCCAAUAACUGACCGAUUAAGGACUGAUGUUAUUUAUUGGAAUACUGUAUUGUACUGUAUAUCCAAGCGAAUGCUGCUGUGAAGUAUAGUGGAAUCCUCAGAUGCUACGCAAAGUGUGUUUUGUUGAAUAACCCUAAUGUUAUUUCUGUUUACAUGCAGUUAAAGGGGGUUUGGGAUCUGGUGCUGAGUAAACUACUUAAUAUUCA